CAAAAAGUAUAUAAGAAACAACAACAAGACUUUUGAACCCCGACGUUCAAUCAAGCUCGUCAACGCGACCUUUUAUACACACACACAAACCACGCAUUUAAAUGUUGCCCAUCGACUCGACACUUGCAGCGAGCUCUGCCAAAGUGUCGCAUAGCUCACCGCCAUACACGCUGCGCUGUCGACCGUCACGCAAUGCCAGCAACGUCGUGUUAAUUACGCAACAACAGCAGGACAACAAGUGUGGCGGUGGACGCACGUCAGACGAUGGCGGCAAUGUCAGCACAACCUCGCUGAAUGUGCACGGCGGCAAUGGCAGCAACCACCGUGCAACAGGUGUCACGACUUUGAGCAGCAGCAGCAGCAAUGACAAUCCCGGUGGCGGCGGCAAUUGCAAUCACAACAGCAGUAACAGCAGUCUUUCGACAACGAGUUUUCGCAACAAAAUGCCAUCGAUCUCAAUUAUACCGUUGCCGGUGAACAGCGCACCGUCCACCAACGCCAGCUGCAGCGGUACAACAACAAGCACAAGUGUGGUGCGCACCGUGACCACCUCGAAUAAGGCCACAUCGCCGCCACCGCUUUUCAAUUCACCGACAAGAAGCAAUAGCGGCGGCGGCGGCCACAUUGGUGGCUUGCAGCCGCAACGUCCACUGUUGCAGCAUCAGUAUCAACAGACUGAUAAGUGCACCAUAUUGAAGUUCGAUGUGGUGCGUAAGCCAAAUGCUACGGCGACGGCGGUCGAGCAAUUAUCGCGCAAUAUUAUUGCCACAGCGCCAAAAGCGCAAACGACCGCCACAGCGACGGUCACAAGUGGCAUGUCGUUGACGGCGGCUAGCGUUGCAAGUCGCCAACAACAGUUGCAGGCGCUGCAGCAAUCCAUUUUCGAUCAUGAGAUGUCCGACGAUGCCGAAGCGGAUGCGGAAAUUGCUGCGCUGCAUCAACAGGUGCUCAGCGGCAGCAGCACAAGCACUCUGUCCGCGGGCAGUCAGCCCAUCAUUGUGAAGAUCGAGCCGGCGCAAUCGUUUCACAUCGUCGAUGAAUCGGAUACGCGUGUGCUGAGUUUGCCACUGUCCGAUGCGGAUAAGGUCGGUGCGAGUUGGAUUGAUCUGAAGGAUAUUGCGGGCCUGCAGACUACCUCGGCCACACUGGUGGAUGUGUGUUUCGAUUCGCCACCCGGUUUGCUGCCGGUCAGCACAAAUACGUCCACUUCCACCGCCGAAGCGGUGGUACAAACUGUCGUCGAGUCGGGCGGUAUUAGUCAAACGCAAGUGGCUAAGAAACGUCAGUUGGUUGUUAAGCAGGUAUCCGUGGAACAACCAGCGAUAGCGGCAACUAUUAUUGAGACUGUAAUCACACCCGCGACGGUUGUAACGGCAACGGCAACAGCUACGACAUCCACAGCGUCGGGAACGGCUACUGUAACGCGCUUCAAUGCGAAUGAACGCACUGUACAGCAGCAACAACAAUCACAACAACAACAGCAAUUGCAGCAGCAACAACAACAGCUUCAGAAUAAAAGUACCACAACAACGGGUACAUUAACACCGUCCUCAUCAACUGGACUGAAUGUCGGUGGAGCCAUGACAGCUCAAAUUGAAAUAAUUCCAUGCAAAGUCUGUGGCGACAAGUCAUCUGGCGUACAUUAUGGCGUUAUAACAUGUGAGGGUUGUAAAGGUUUUUUUCGCCGGUCACAAAGUUCUGUAGUGAAUUAUCAGUGUCCUCGCAAUAAACAAUGUGUUGUCGACCGUGUCAAUCGCAAUCGGUGUCAAUACUGUAGACUGCAAAAGUGCCUACAAUUGGGAAUGAGUCGUGACGCUGUAAAAUUCGGUAGAAUGUCGAAGAAACAGCGUGAGAAAGUAGAGGAGGAGGUGAAGUUUCACAAGGCGCAGUUGCGUGCACAGAACGACGCGCCGCCGGAUAGCUCAGUUUUCGAAACACAAACACCUUCGAGUAGUGAUCAGCUGCAUCAUAAUUACAAUGGCUAUGGCGGCUACUCCAGCAAUGAAGUGAGCAGUCCGUACGGUUAUGGCUACUCGACAUCGGUAACACCGCAACAGACAAUGAACUACAAUGAGGUAUCGACGGAUUACGUUGACAGCACCACGUAUGAGCCGCGUGGCACGAUAAUGGAUCCGGACUUCGUCAGUCAUGCUGAUGGCGACAUCAACGAUGUUCUUAUAAAAACCUUAGCCGAGGCACAUGCCAACACAAGCACCAAACUCGACGCCGUACACGAUAUGUUCCGGAAGUCUCAGGAUAUCUCGAGGAUACUGUACUACAAGAAUCUGGGCCAGGAGGAACUGUGGCUAGACUGCGCUGAAAAGCUAACACAUAUGAUACAAAACAUAAUCGAAUUUGCGAAACUGAUACCCGGAUUUAUGCGUUUAAGUCAGGAUGAUCAGAUUCUGCUACUGAAAACUGGAUCAUUCGAACUGGCCAUCGUGCGUAUGUCGCGAUUGCUCGAUCUCUCACAGAAUGCGGUACUAUAUGGUGACGUGAUGCUGCCGCAGGAAGCGUUCUACACAUCCGAUUCGGACGAAAUGCGUCUGGUAUCGCGAAUCUUUCAAACGGCUAAAUCGAUAGCCGAACUGAAACUGACUGAAACGGAGUUGGCGCUGUAUCAAAGUUUAGUGCUGCUCUGGCCAGAACGAAAUGGCGUACGCGGUAAUACAGAAAUCCAGAGGCUUUUCAAUUUAAGCAUGAUUGCAAUAAAACAGGAGCUUGAAGCGAACCAUGCGAUCUUAAAGGGCGAUGUGACUGUUUUAGAUACAUUGUUAAACAAUAUACCGAAUUUCCGCGAUAUCUCCAUAAUGCACAUGGAAGCACUGAGCAAAUUUAAGCAACAACAUCCGAACAUCGUCUUUCCGCCGCUAUACAAAGAACUGUUCUCAAUAGAUUCGCCGCAGGAUCUCACAUAACAUCAAGAAAACUAUGUGGAGACUACGAACGCAAUCGAUGCGCCGGACACGUUGGAUGCGUUAACGUAGAAACAAACAAAACUACCAGAUGGCGGUUGGUGUAUGGCAGGUGGCAACGGAACGGAGACGGAGACAGAGAAGGGGAUGCGAAUGUGUAAACGAUGGCGGUGAUGGCAAGUAGUGCAUGCAAUGCAUGAAAAUGAUUGCUGCUGCAAUGACUCUUCGUUAGACGAACAACAACAACAACACCAAAUAGAUACGAAACAAACAACAACCCGAGCAAUUUCAUUGAAACAACAGCUAGCCAAGUGCAUGCAAGCAGCCAGUCAGUUGACCAACAACAAGCGUCCGAAGUUUGUUUUUUCUUUUUUAACGGAAUUUAAAGUGACAACAACAACAAUGUAUUCUCAGUUUAUUCACUGUUUGCGAAAUAGAAACAGAAACAGAAACAGAAAAAAGUACUAAACAAGCAACAGAAAUAGUAAAUCAUAGUGCAGAACAAAAAAGAAACAAAAGGUUUAUACAUAUAACUAAUUAAUGCAAGCCACAUACAUACUUACAUACAUAAAAAAAGGAGUAACAAACAAUAACAGAAAAGCAAAAAAACAAAAACAAAAACAAAAAAGUAAGCAAAUAUUAAGCAGCAAAUUAAGUUUAAGAAUAUUUAUACAGAAUUUAAAUAGUAACAGGAAAAAAAUAUAUAUAGGCAAAACCAAAACCAGAAACAGCCGAAUGCACACACACAACCAUACACCACAACUCUAAACAUAUGCAUACAAAAGAAAAGUGAGAAAAAUUAAAAAAAUAGAAGAAAAGUAAAAUGCAAUAACUACAUUAUAUCAUCUUGUUAUAACAAAAAACUAAAAAUUAAAAAUAUUCAGAACUCAUUCUAAGAAAAAAAACGCGCAGCAGAAACACAGGAAAAUUAAAGCAGCAUUUAAGCCACAGUAAUAGGCGAACAUAUAAAGUAAGACAAAUGAAAAACACUACGCAUACGAAACCUACAUCAUACUAACAGUUAUAGUCAGACACACACUCACUCACACACACACACACCUAGAAACAUAAAUAAAAUCUCGAAAAAAUAAACUUUCAACUUCAAAAAACAAAAACUAAAAUUAAAUACAAAAUCGUUGCCAAUCUAAAGCAAACUCAUGCAGCCCCCUUAAUAACAAAACUCUAUAUACUAUGUAGUUGACGCCUGAUGCAUUUCGUUCGACACGAAUGAGCACAAAUUUUUUCGAAACUCAAAAUUUAUAAUUGAAAAUUUGAACCUAACUAACUUGCGGAUAUUAUUGAGAAGACUUUUGCAAAUCAACAAGCAUACACACACACACACACGAAUUAUUGGGAGAAAACAAAGAAAACCGAGAAGACUAAAUGUGGUUGCAUUGACUGAAUGAAGAAAACAAAGUUGAAACGUUGAAGAAACAAUUUCUAGCAUCACAACUCAUGUAUGGGCGGCAUAAUUUAUAGACCGACUGUAAGCUAAUUGCUGCUGAUUCGCUGGCGUAAGCUACUUUUAGGCGCCGCUGGCAGCACUGCUAAUUAACAGCAUUGCCUUUAAACUGUUAACAAUGCUGACUGCUUUUGUAUUUGUUAUUGUUAUAUUUUAAUUUUCUUCAAAUUUUGUUUAACUAGUUAAUAUAUUUAUUUGCUGCUUUCAACACUUUUUCAAAGUCUCAAGCGGAAAUAUUGCCAAUAUUCUGUUGUCCAAAUGUUAAUUAACAGCAGCAGUUACAGUGUUAUGUUUUUUUUUUUUGUAAUUUUAACUUGUUGCAAAGAGAUCUAGGAGAUAUAUGGCUCUUCACGUUCCUACUGAAGAACAAUACUUUUUUGUUGUUGGAAAAUGUAACUGAUUGUUAAAGCUUAUUAAGUUCAUAGACCAUAAGAACUAAACUCUGAACUUCACGAUUCUAUGAUUCGUUCCCAUGAGUAUCCUCAAGACCGAAAGAACUACGAAACCGUUAAAAUACCAUAAUUUGCUCAGAAUUAUUAAGUAAAUGAUUUUGGCUGCUACAACAACAAAAAGAGCAAUGCAUUCAAAUUAGUAUAAUCGAAAGCUUUCCUCAGAGGGUAAUUGUCUCGAAACUCUCAGCAUAUUGAACAUUUUUGAAAACAUUCAAUCAAUUACUCUUUAAGGCUUUAAUAACUAAGCACUUUGAGGAUGUGUUCAAUAAUGUAUGAAAUGAAAUUGUAAUGUGAAAGCUCCGCCGUAGCGAAUACAUUGUGCUAACGGUUAAAACGAAUAUGAUCGUUGGUAAAGCACAGUUUACAGCUUGAAUUUGUAAUUCUCGAAAUUAAGUGAUCAGUUCUAGGAUUUGUUUGUAUUAUUAGCGAGCUUUAAAACGCUUAAUUGCUGAGGAUUUGUAUUUUUAUAAAGGAACAAAAUCGACUCAAAAGCUCAAAGAAUAAUAUCUAAUUACAAGAAUCAAGAAUCUUCUAACAAAACGUUUGAGCAAAAACAAUCAGUUAUACGUUACAUACAUAACACCGCAAAGCAGAUACUGUGUUAACAAACCUUUUCGAAAUCUUUCUAAUAACAACAACAAAUAAUGUGGGAGUAUUCUUUUUGCAAAGCUGACGACACCGGCAUCGCCCAAUUGUGUUCAUAAGUAUAGUAGUUCACACGUCUUUGUCUAUCGAAACGAGCAAAACGUAUACUUCGUACAUACAUAGAUUUAUAUAUAUAUUUCCAUUUGAUAUACUCGUAUAUACAAAUAUUUGAUUUUAAUUUUGUAAAACUUUUUUUUUUAUGAAAAUUAAAAGAAAGCUGAGAUAUUUUACACCAGCUUAUCGUGUUCAGAAAAAAUAGUGAGAAAAGAAACGCAAAAAUUUUAUAUUCGCCGUUUUAUUGACUCUAUUUUGUUUAUGCACAUGCAUUUGUAUUUAAGAAUGUAAGUGUAGUAUGUAAAUUGUAAGCGUUCUACUUAUAUAGUUUUACAAUUUCAUUUUUGUUUUGUUGUUUUUAUGAUUGAAAAUAAUUGAAUUUAAUUGUUUUUUUUCUUGUUUUUCAAUGGCUGCACGUCAAACGCAUUUAUGACGACGGCUAGUGUUUUUAUAUUAUACGAAAAUGAGAUAUACGAUUUUACACCACAUUUGUGUUCAGCCGGCUUAGAGCUUUGCAGAAAGACUUUUGCAGACACCGAAUACAAACACUCUGAAUUUUAACUAUGUCUUGAGCCUUAGCUAUUAACACCGAAGUAGUGUGCGGAAUGUACUUACUAUAUGAACUGUGUUUGCUGUUGUUGUUUUUAAUUGUAUUACAUAUAUAAUUGCAUUUUUUUAGAUCUCUUUGCGCUAUUGGCUUUUGAAACUGCUUGAAUGGUCCAACGUUGUUCACAAUCACUUUAUUGUUUUUGCUAUAUUGUUUUUAAACUGCAUGUUUUCAUAGUUAACGAGGUUUUAAAGAGCUUGCACUUGUCAAAUUAGCUUUCAUAGUUGGCAAAAGCUUUUAACACCGAAACAGCUUUCAUGUUUAAUAAAAGCUUUAAUUUUUUUUAUGAAGGCUUUCAUUUUUCAUAAAAGCAUUCGUUAUUUAAAAAAGCUUAACAUUUUUUAAAAAGCUUUCAUUGUUUAUAAAAGCUUUCACAUGUCAUGCUUUCUUUCAAAUGCUUUCACACCGCAAGUAUAUAAUACAACAACAAUUUUCAUAUAUUUUAUUGUUGUUUUUAGCAAAGUGGUUUUUAUAAACAUGAAAGUUGUAUGUAUAGCGGCUAUACGGUGCUGUGAUUAAAAAUCCAGAGCAGCGCACUUUUAGUGUUGAAAAAAAGACUGUUUCGCUAUUUCGCUGCGAAAAACGAGUUGUCUUUUAAAACAGAAUUUAAUAAAUUUGCGCGUUUUCAUACCGAAGUCUGACUUCACAUUUAGCAAUCUUAACUAGAAAUCUCUCAGUCACUUCAGCAACAGGAUUCAACUAACUUUAGGCCUGACACACGAACCACACAAACAUACACAUAUGUAUAUGUACUUUUAGUAGUCCAAAAAAAAAAAGAUAAAAACAAAAACAAAUCAUAACCUCUCCUCACCAUCACUACUACUACAAAUAACAACAACCAUAAGCAAUUAGUGCAGUAUCAUAGACGAAGUAAAGCGAGAAUAUUCAUACGUUGUAGGAAGAAAGAAAAAAAUAUAUAUUAUAAAUAAAUAAAUAAAUAAAGAAAAACCAACAAAAACAACAACACUUGGAGGACGGUGAUAAUUAGUGUGUCUUAAACAAAAAAAAUUAUAAAAUUAUACAUACAUACGAUUUUUUUCUAUUUUUUAUUAAUACAUAUUACACAUAUUAUAAUUACGAUUAUGAUGUCAUUAAUUACCGAUUAAUUUUUUGAGCCGGUUCCGAGAAGCGUUAAACAAGUUUAACUAAAUUUAAAAUUGCAAAAAAACAAAACGAAACUGAUAAAAUUUAUAUAUAAUACAAAAACAAAAUCAAAUUUCGUUUUAUGUUUUUGCCUUAAAUCAGUUGGAAAAUCGAUGAUAUAUUAUAUACAUGCAUUAUAUAUAUACAUAUAUGUAUAUAUAUAUAGAGAGAAAUGAGUAGCAAAGAGAAUACAUAUAUACAUUAAUGCAAUGCAAUAUGAGUACACAUACAAGUAACACACAUGCAUAUAUACAUACACAGUUACAUACAUACAUACCUACAUAUAUACACAAACAAGCGAAUAAAAAAUGUGGAAAGUGGUAAAGAAUUAGUAAUAAACAAUAUAAAGAAGAAGCAGUACAUAAGAAAUGAAAUAUUUACAUACAUGUGUAUAAAAACAAAACAAAAAAUCUAACGUUAUACAUACAUACAUAUAUAAAUUAUAUUACUGUUAAAGGUAAACUGUAAGUUUUUAUUGCAACUAGUGAAAUGGUUAAUUUUUUUAUUAUUAUUAUAUUAUAUAUAACUAUUAUUAUUAAUACUAUGAUUAUUAUCAACAUUAUUAUUAAUUAAAAAUUAGUUAAUAUUUAUACAUACAUAUAUAUAUAUAUCUUUAUAUAUAUACAUAAAUAUAUAUAUACUCUAAAACGGUAAAAUUAAAAAAAAGUAUGUUAUUUAAGUAGCGGAACUACGGUACACAUGUCGAAAAUAAUUGCAUACAUAUUAUGGUAAAAAGUAGUUAAAAAUAAUUAAAACAACAAAAAAAUUAAUAAAAAACAACAACAAUUAAUUCAAUGCCUGAUUUGACUUUUUAUUAUGCAGAAAACGGUUCAAAAAUACAUUUCGAAAAGCAACAACAAUUAUAUAACGCAUUUGUCUUUCAUACAGUUUCUUUUAGCUGCAACUACAAAUACAUACAAACAUACAUACAUAGCGCAAUCAUGCUCAUUUACCCAAAGCAAACUCAACAAACAUUCAAACCUUAGCGCAUUUCGUUUCUUAAAAACACAAAAAGAAGAAGAAAAAAAUAUAAAAAUAAAAACAAAAAUACAAUUAUUUAUAUGAAAUUAAUAAAGAUUUUUUUAUUAAAUACUACCAAUAGCAUUUAACUAUUACAGCAAUAAUAAUGCUAAAGUUGUCAAAAGCAAGCAAAAGCAAGUGAAAACACACACACACACACACACAAACAAAAAAUACAUUUAAGCAAAAACAACAAAUGUUGUUGUAGCGUUACAGUGGGCCUGUAUAAUACAUGUUAUUUAUAUAUAUACAUACAUGCAAGCACAUAUACAUAUAUACAGUUAUAAUAUGGCAUGCUAUGUAUGUAUGUAUACAUAUAUGUAUAUAGAAAACAAAAGCAGAAAAACAGAA